AUGAUUACUAAGAGUUGUGGACAUCUUAGUGGAGGGAAAGGAUCUAUGAGAAGAAUUGGGGUGAUUGAAGAAAUGAAAAGGUAUAAAGAAAAAAUUAAAGAAAAAUUAUCAAUAAAGACAGACGAUGUAGAAACACUUAAAGUAAUAAGAGAGAUGAUAAAUUUUCAAAUGAUGAUUCAACAAAUGAGAAGAAGAAUUGAAUUAACAGAAGUGUUUCAAAAAGAUAAAAAGGAUUUAAUGAAAAUCUCAAAAGUUCAGCAAGAUAUGCAUAUAAGAGAAAUGGAGAAAGCAAUAGAAAAAGGAAAAGAAAGGUAUGAAAAAAGGAUAAGAAGUAUUGAUAUGAUGGAAACAUUUUUUAAUAAAAGUGAAAUAGUAGAAGAAUUAGCAAAGAAAAUGUUAGGAGAACGGUUAUAUGUAAAUAUAGUAAGUAAAGGAGAAAAUUUAGGGAAUGGAGAAUCAAGAAAUGAAGGGGAAAACGAAUGGAAAAAAGUGAAUAUAUUAAUAUACCAAAAUUUAAUAUUUUUAUUAAAACCAGGGAGUGAUACAGUAUUAGCUAUCAUUUAUAUUAGUAAUCAAUAUAAAUUAGUUUAUGCAGAAAAUCAAAGAAGAAGAUAUAUGUUAAAAGUUGGACAAUUUGUAUUAUCAGCAGAGUCAAAAGAAGUAAUGAAUUUAUGGAGUGAAUGUAUUACCACAAGAAAAAUGUGGUAUCAAGAUAAAGUAUUAAAAAAGAAAGUAGUAAUGGCAAAAAGAAAAGUGCCAAUGUUAGGAGAAGUAGGAGAAUUAGCAAGAAUGUCAAUGUCAAUAUUAACUACAGUUCAAAUAUCACCACAUAUUGAAAAAGAAGAAGUUAUUGGAGUAAGUUUACAAGAAUUAAGUCAAAGAGAAGGGUAUCAACAAAUGGCACCAAUAGUAUAUCGAUUAUUAAUAGAAUAUUUAACAGACAAUUGUGUUGAUAUUGAAGGAAUAUUAAGACUGUCAGGAGGGAGUGAUGAAGUUCAUAGAUUAGAAAUACUUAUAACAAGAAGAACAUUUUCACUUCAAGAUCUUAAAGAUAUUGAUCCACAUGCUAUCACAUCAACAUUAAAAGGAUUAUUUAGAAGAUUACCUAUACCAUUAAUUCCAAGUAAUAUUAAUUCAAAAAUAGAAAGUUUAAUCAAUCAAAAAGUCCCUUAUUUUAAAUUAGUUAUUAGUAUUAAAGAACAUAUUACAACAUUAAAAGAAGUAUUACCUGAACAUUUUGAAGUAUUUAAAUUAUUAUGUAAAUUAUUUACAGAAAUUAUUAAUAGAAAACCAACAAAUAAAAUGGAUUUAACAAAUGUAUUAACAUGUUUUGUAGAAUCAGUUAAAUGUUCCCCAUCUAUUUUUUCAUGUGCAUUACAAAAUCAAGGAAUAUUUUUUGACAGUUUGUUGAUAAUUUUAAAUAAAACUAAAAGUGUUUAA